GCUUUGUAAUUGUGUUGCGCCUUACAGAAACCAUAGUAACCGGUGAGGUUUGGAUCUGGAUUGUUUUACGGUGACAUUUCAUUGUUAGUGCCAGCUAACUAUAAGUUCUGAACAUCUUUAGUCAGUGACAGUCUGUGUGUUAAAAGAUAAAAGUUUAGAAACGAAUCAAAUAAACAGGCGAGGAACGAUGGACCCUCCGGAUGGAAACCAAGACUUUCAACGGGCGCUGCAAUUAGCUGCCUCGUUCAAGACUUUCAUGUUGAAAAGCAGCACAAAAAGCAACUUGAACCUCUAUGACCACCUCACCCGGCUGCUGAUAAAAGUGAUGGACGAGCAGCCCCAGAAUGUGGCGGAUGUUAUUGAGGAUAUGAGUCGUGACGUGAAGCGGGGUUUAUUUGAAGACACCCAGAGUUCCCUGCGAGACCUUCCACAAACUACAGCUGCUGAGCUGCUGGCUGAGCAGCAGCGCCUGCUGUUUUCUCGCCCAGAAGAUGCUGAGCAGGAGAAUGAAUUGAUGGAAACACCUCUUCCCAAUGUGAGUGAGAUUGGUUUCUACCUAGAGCAAGCUGGAGUAGGUCUGGGCAGAGAAGAGAUGCAGCGGGUCUUCCUUGCACUCAAGCAGCUUGUUGAGUCGCAGGCGCUAGUACGCUGCAGACUGUGGGGGAAGAUUCUGGGAAUAGAAAGCAGCUACAUUGUUGCUGAAGCUGACUACAGAGAGGGGGAGGAAGAUGAAGAGCAGAUCACAGAGGAAGUAGCUGAGGCAGAUGAGAGAGAGGCAGAGUCUCAAGAGAAUGAUAUGGAUCUGCUCCCUCAGUCGACCUAUAAACCCCCACCAGUGGUGCCGAAGGAGGCCACAGGAACUGGAACUAACAAGUCUGUUUACUAUGUCUGCAAAGAGCCUGGUCUUCCUUGGGUAAAGCUCCCUUCAGUCACUCCAGCACAGAUCACUGCUGCUCGCCAGAUCCGUAAAUUCUUCACUGGGAGGUUGGACACCCCAGUUGUCAGCUACCCACCUUUUCCCGGAAAUGAAGCAAACUAUCUGAGAGCACAGAUCGCUCGGAUCUCUGCUGGCACACAAGUCAGCCCCCAGGGCUUCUUCCAGGCGGGUGAGGAAGAAGGAGAUGAAGAAGACGAGACACCUCGAGACACCUACGAAGUCAACCCUGACUUUGAAGGCAUUCCAGUUACUGAGAUGGCUGACUCUUUGUCUUCCUGGGUGCAUCAUGUUCAGCACAUCCUGCAGCAGGGACGUUGUACAUGGGUGAACUUGGCUGUGAAACCAGAAGACCCUAAUGAGGACGGAGAGGACGAGGAGAAGGAAGAGGAGCCUGAUGAGCCUGAGCCAGAGGUUGGACCCCCUUUGCUCAGUCCCCUUUCCCAAGAUGCAGAAAUGUUCAACACCCCUCCCUGGAGUUCCAAGAUAUCCUCUGCUCUCACCCCUCAGCAUUCAGUAGCUGCUUUGCGUUCCAACCUCUGGCCGGGGGCAUAUGCAUAUGCUUGCGGAAAGAAGUUUGAGAAUAUAUACGUUGGCUGGGGUCUAAAGUAUGCAGGGGAAGGGUACAGCCCAUCUGUACCCCCACUGCCGCAGAAAGAAUAUCCCAGUGGACCAGAAAUCACAGAGGACCUGGACCCAUCACUUGAGGAGGAGCAGGCGCUGCAAGAAGCUUUAGAGGAGCAACAAGCUGCCCAGGAGGAGAUGGAGGCCACAGAUGCUACAGAUGAAGAAGAGGAGGAAGAUGAUAACUGAGAAAA